AUGACUAGAGUAAAUGAAUGUACAAUACCAAGAUCACGAAGAAUAGGAUAUUUAGAAGCACAAUUAAAGAAUGCAAUGGGAUAUAAAUAUUAUUCAGCAAUGGAUAUUAGAAUGGGAUUUAAUAAUUUAUGGAUAAAAAAGGAAGACGUUUAUAAAACAGCAUUUAAAUGUAUACAAGGAAUAUAUGUGCAAUUAGUCAUGGGAUUUGGAUAUAAAGAUGCACCAACUGUAUUUCAAGAAACAAUGGAAAAAAUAUUUGAUGAAAUAAUAUUUGAAAAGUUUAUAUCAAUAUAUAUGGAUGACAUAUUAAUAAAGACGAAUAUGUUAAAAGAAAUGAUCAUCAGGCUAAGAAAA